UAGUUUCAGCACUUGUGUCCUCUUCACACUCACUUCCUUCAUUCUCUCCUUCCUUUUUCUCAGCUAUAAAGAAUUAGUCUCUAAUCAACCGUUUCUUUCCUUCUCUUUAAGCCUUUUACACACUCCAUUUCUCCCACACUCCACACCUUUUCUUUCUUUCUUUCUUCUUACAAAUGGAAGCAUCGGAUUUCUUCGUCAGCGGCUUUUUCUCACAUGCCGGAGACGAACAAAAUCCGAACAACAACAAUUGCAAUAACAACAAUAAUAGUAAUGGCAACAAUUUUAUUGUCGAUGAACUUUUGGAUUUCCCUAAUGAAGAUGAAGUCAUGGCCGACGCUUUUUUUGACAGUAUUACCGGUAAUAAUUCUGCUGAUUCUUCCACUGUUACCGUCGUUGACAGCUGUAAUUCCUCUGUUUCCGGUGGAGAUGCUCAAUUUAACGGUAACCUCAGCUGCCGUAGCUUCACUGAUGCUCCGUUCCCCACCAGCGAACUCUGCGUUCCGUAUGAUCAGGUAGCUGAGCUAGAAUGGCUGUCAAAUUUUGUGGAGGAAUCAUUCUCAAGUGAUGAUCUUCAAAACCUUCAGUUUGUACCUGUACCAAACGUUAAUUCCACCACCCAAACCACCGACAGUUCCUCCUCCGCCACCACAAUUUCCACCGGAAUUAGCUCUCCACUUGUCUUCCCCGCAGACACUUCCGUACCUGGCAAAGCUCGUAGCAAGCGCUCACGCGCCGCUCCCUGCGACUGGUCGUCCCGUCUUAAGCUGCUGCUAUCACCUGCCACCUCAUCAUCAGAUAGCAACAACAACAACAACGCCGGUUCUGCUGCUAAUAAUAACGCCGCGUUCACGGGUAAAGCCAGUAAAGCACCGUCGAGGAAGCGAGAGAAUGUGGAAGUGCCAGGACGGAAAUGCCUGCACUGCGCUUCUGACAAGACACCGCAGUGGCGCACAGGUCCCAUGGGUCCUAAAACACUCUGCAAUGCAUGUGGUGUUAGGUACAAGUCCGGGAGAUUGGUGCCUGAGUAUCGGCCGGCGUCUAGUCCGACCUUUAUCUCAGCAAAGCAUUCGAAUUCGCAUCGAAAAGUCCUGGAGCUCCGAAGACAAAAGGAGCUCCAUAGAGUACAGCAAGUUCAUCAGCAUCAGUUGCUUAGUCAGCCCACAAUUUUCGGUGUAUCAAACGGUGGAGAUGAAUUCUUGCUUCAUCAUCACCAAAACUGUGGUCCAAAUUUCAGGCACCUAAUCUAAGUGUCAGUACGCUAGUGUAGGGGAUAACUACUUUGCAAUUUUCUCGUUUUUUAAGUUUUAAUUAACAUCCAUUUUCCUAAUUCCAUCUAGUUUUAGAUAUUUAAAUAUCAGGAUAUGAAGAGGGAGAGGAAAAAAAAAGUUCCUAGCAAAUCCCAUAGGAGCCUAAAAGGAAAAGAAAAAAAAAAGAUUAAAUGUCAAUUAGAAAUUAGAGUUAUGUAACGUUUCUGAUAAUUUUGGUAUUAAUUUAUAGAUUCAUUUUAAGACUUGUUAA